AGUAGGGAGACACGGUGGUGCCUCAGUGGCACUUUUUUGAAAGAGUUGUCUGUGUUAGCGGUGAUGGAGCGGCAGAGAGCAGCAGCCUCGCUUCGGGCAGAACCUUUGCCGUCAAGAAGACAGAAGAUGAGCGGCCCCCGGACCACGGAGAAGAAGGCUCAGACCCCCAGGAAGCAUGGCAGCUUCACAAGCAGGGUUUUUGGGUUUGAAUGGUCAGAUUUAUCAAGCUGGCAACGAUUUGUCAGUCUGCUGAACCGUCCCACGGACCCCGCAGCGCUCGGGGUGUUCCGCUUCAUGUUCGGCCUGCUGAUGGUCCUGGACAUCCCCCAAGAACGUGGCCUGAGUUAUCUGGACCACAAGUACCUCGACGGGUUAGACGUUUGCCGGUUCCCACUUUUUAACUCCUUGCGGCCGCUGCCCCUGGACUGGAUGUACAUGACCUAUGUCGCCAUGCUGCUGGGUGCCCUGGGUAUAAUGCUAGGGUGUUUUUAUCGCCUCAGCUGCCUCCUCUUCCUCGUACCAUACUGGUACGUCUUUUUCUUGGAUAAAACCACAUGGAACAAUCACUCUUAUCUCUAUGGUCUGAUCGGCUUCCAGUUCACCCUGAUCAACGCUAACCGCUACUGGUCUAUUGAUGGUUUACUGAGCUCCCGCAAGAAGAACGCGCAUGUUCCUCUCUGGAAUUACACACUUCUUAGGACCCAGAUCUUCAUUGUUUAUUUUAUUGCCGGCAUCAAGAAACUGGAUGCUGAUUGGGUAGAAGGCUACUCAAUGGGCACACUUUCACGUCAUUGGCUGUUUGAUCCCUUUAAGUUGUUCUUGUCAGACGAGAUGAUCAACCUUGUGGUUGUACACUGGGGAGGACUUAUUCUGGACUUGACUGCUGGAUACCUGCUGUUUUUUGACGUCACGCGCCCAAUCGCGUUGUUUUUCGUCUCUUAUUUCCACUGCAUGAACUCUCAGCUCUUUAGUAUUGGUAUGUUCUCCUACACCAUGCUGGCCACCAGCCCGCUCUUCUGCUAUCCUGACUGGCCCCGUCGGCUUGUGGCCAAAUUCCCCCGCUGCGUACAGAAUGUCCUCCCUGCUGUGCAGCCCCCACAAGAGAGCACCGAGUGUGUAUACCCCGGGCGGAGGGGCAAAUCUCAGCUCAAACUGCGCCAAAAACUCGGAGCUGCCUUCACUGUGCUCUACAUAAUGGAACAGCUCUUCUUGCCUUAUUCGCACUUUAUCACCCAGGGAUACAAUAACUGGACAAACGGCCUCUAUGGGUAUUCAUGGGAUAUGAUGGUUCAUUCACGGUCCCACCAGCAUGUCAAGAUUACCUACAAAGAUGGCAUCACUGGAGAAAUUGGGUACCUCAAUCCUGGGGUGUUCACACAGACCCGGCGCUGGAAGGAUCACGCAGACAUGUUGAAACAGUAUGCUGUUUGUCUGGAGGGUCUCCUCGGUGCAUAUAACAUCUCUCGGCCAGAAAUUUACUUUGAUGUGUGGGUCUCCAUCAACGACCGGUUCCAGCAGAGACUUUUUGACCCCACCGUGGACAUUGUGAAAGCCGAUUGGUCACCAUUCCACAAAACACCUUGGGUAAAACCUCUCCUGGUUGACCUUUCCCCCUGGCGGUCAAAGUUCCAGGAGGUGGAGAUGUCUCUGGACAAUCAGACCGACGUGGUUUUCAUUGCCGAUUUCCCGGGCCUGUACCUGGAGAAUUUCGUUAGUGAAGAUUUGGGGAACACCAGCAUACAGAUCCUGCAGGGAGAGGUGAAUGUGGAGAUUGUGAAGGAAGCCAAAAACUAUACGCUGAAAGAAGGAGAGCGCAUGCAGCUGCCGGCUGGCGAGUACCACAAAGUUUUCACGGUGUCCCCGGGUCCCUCAUGUUACAUGUACAUGUAUGUGAAUACCACAGCCGUGACAUUGGAACAGAACCUCACACGGCUACAGGAACUAAAGGAGAAGGUGGAGAACGGAACUGAGACCUCUCCUCUGCCUCCUGAGCUGCAGCCCCUGUUGUCUGGGAUAGUGGAAGAUGACAAUGUCGCUGAUCCCCUCGUGGUCACCUACCUGCGGAGGCAGAGGCGCGUAGAAGAGGCGCAACAGAGACGUAAUGCAACGAUACUGCAGAGGUUUGAGCGGUUCUUCAAAAAGAAGAUCUACGUGAUGCGUCGUAGUUUUCUCAUGACUGCCAUCUCCCUACGGAACAUUGCGUUAGGCCGUCCGUCGCUGGAACAGCUUGCAGAGGAAGUAGCUUUUGCCAACAUGAAAUAUGAAGAGCCAAACAAAGAGGACAAGAAACAAGAGUUUAUUCAGAAGGAGCAUGAACAUUCAGAUUUGUGAUGUGUAUAAGGGAGAGAAGAUUUUUCCUCUUUAAUAUGCAGAAUUUUCUACAUGACAAUGACCUUCACUGCUAUCUGCCCUUGUACAUUUGCUGCUUUGUGACAUGCCCGGGAGCUGUCUUUUGUAUAUGCCAACAAAAUGUUACCUAAAGCUGCUGUCUGAAGGACCCCACA